AUGACGGAGCUCGGCGAGGAGGCCCGAACGCCAGAGCCGGAUAUGAGCCUACAACACAGGCUUCUCCGAGAGAAGCUGCUGAACGUGCUGCAGGAAGAUGGCAUGGUUGCCCGCCAGGGUGCUGGGCUCACAGGUGUGCACCACCACAUCAGGUUCAGCCCCAGGGCACCUGCACCCUCCCAGAAGCUCCACCGGCAGAGGCAACGGGAGUCUGUGUUCUGCUACCGCCUCACCAGGACAGAAGUGCCCCAGCACAGCCAGGUGGGGAUGGCUGGCCGGAAGGACAAGCUGCUGCUGCUGCUGCGCGCCCUGCGCCGAGGCCCGGGGCCGUGUCCCGCGCGGCUCUGGGGCCCAGCUUCGGGCCUCUCGGCCGGGCCUGCGAAGACGAGGCGCUGCGUGGUCUGCAGGCCUCCCCCGAGUGCCGCCGGGGCCGGGGGCCGAGCUCUGCAGAGCUCGAAGUCAAGAAUGCUAAUGCCUGCUUUGGAAGGGCUUGGUGGAUUGCUGCUGAAACAGCAUCUAGUUCAAAAUCCAGCGGGACUCUGGCGACUUUUAGGUGGUACUUGCUAUUUUACUACCUCAAGAAUGAAGCAAAAGAACAAAGACAAUGAUAAGCCCAAGGGGCAGGCCGCAGGAGACGAUGAAGAGCAGAGGCGGCGCAAGGAGCGGGAGGACCAGAUGUACCGAGAGCGGCUGCGCACGCUGUUCGUCAUCGCCGUAGUCAUGAGCCUGCUGAAUGCACUCAGCUCCAGUGGCAGCAGCAUCUCGUGGAACGACUUCGUCAGUGAGAUGCUGGCCAAGGGCGAGGUGCAGCGAGUGCAGGUAGUGCCUGAGAGUGACGUCGUGGAGGUCUACCUGCACCCAGGGGCCGUGGUGUUUGGGCGGCCGCGGCUGGCCUUGGUGUACCGCAUGCAGGUGGCAAAUAUCGACAAAUUUGAGGAGAAGCUGCGGGCAGCUGAGGAUGAGCUGAACAUCGAGAGCAAGGACAGGAUCCCCGUCUCCUACAAGCGCACGGGGUUCUUUGGGAAUGCCCUCUACGCCCUGGGGAUGACGGCAGUGGGCCUGGCCAUCCUGUGGUACAUGUUCCGCCUGGCUGGGAUGACGGGAAGGGAGGGCGGAUUCAGCGCACUGAACCAGCUUAAGAUGGCUCGCUUCACGAUGGUGGAUGGCACGUCGGGGAAAGGAGUCAGCUUCAAGGACGUGGCUGGCAUGCAUGAGGCCAAGCUGGAGGUCCGGGAGUUUGUGGAUUAUCUGAAGAGUCCUGAGCGCUUCCUCCAGCUUGGAGCCAAGGUUCCGAAGGGCGCGCUGUUGCUUGGGCCUCCCGGAUGCGGGAAGACGCUGCUGGCCAAGGCGGUGGCCACAGAGGCCCAGGUGCCCUUCCUGGCAAUGGCUGGCCCGGAGUUUGUGGAGGUCAUUGGAGGCCUGGGUGCUGCCCGGGUGCGCAGCCUCUUCAAGGAAGCAAGAGCGCGAGCCCCGUGCAUAGUGUACAUCGAUGAGAUUGAUGCGGUGGGCAAGAAGCGCUCCACCUCCAUGUCUGGCUUCUCCAACACAGAGGAGGAACAGACCCUCAAUCAGCUCCUGGUGGAGAUGGACGGAAUGGGUACUACAGACCAUGUCAUCGUUCUGGCAUCCACAAACCGAGCUGACAUCCUAGACAACGCUCUGAUGAGGCCUGGCCGACUUGACCGGCAUGUCUUCAUUGAUCUGCCCACUCUGCAGGAGAGGCGGGAGAUUUUCGAGCAGCACCUGAAGGGCCUGAAGCUGACCCAGGACAGCACCUUUUACUCGCAGCGCCUGGCAGAGCUGACGCCAGGGUUCAGUGGUGCCGACAUCGCCAACAUCUGCAACGAGGCUGCGCUGCACGCCGCCCGGGAGGGGCACGCAUCAGUGCACACACUAGACUUUGAGUAUGCUGUGGAGCGGGUGGUGGCAGGGAUAGCCAGAAAGAGCAAGGUCCUCUCCAGGGAGGAGCAGAGGGUGGUGGCCUUCCAUGAGUCUGGCCAUGCGCUGGUGGGCUGGCUGCUGGAGCACACGGAGGCUGUGAUGAAGGUCUCCAUCACACCGCGCACCAACGCCGCGCUGGGCUUCUCGCAGAUGCUGCCCCGGGACCAGCACCUCCUCACUACCGAGCAGCUGUUCGAGCGCAUGUGCAUGGCCCUGGGUGGCCGUGCGGCGGAGGCCAUCUCUUUCAGCCGGGUCACUUCUGGGGCCCAGGAUGACCUGAGGAAGGUCACUCGCAUUGCCUACUCCAUGGUGAAGCAGUUUGGGAUGGCACCCACCGUCGGGCCGGUCUCCUUCCCUGAGGCCCAGGAGGGCCUCACAGGCAUUGGGCGGCGCCCCUUCAGCCAGGGCCUCCAGCAGAUGAUGGACCAUGAGGCAAAGCUGUUGGUGGCCAAGGCCUACCGGCACACGGAGAAGGUGCUUCUGGAGAACUUGGACAAACUGCAGGCGCUGGCAGAUGCCCUCCUGGAAAAGGAAGUGAUAAACUAUGAGGACAUUGAGGCACUCAUUGGCCCACCGCCCUAUGGGCCCAAAAAGAUGAUAGCUCCGCAGAGGUGGAUCGAUGCCCAAAGGGAGAACCAAGCGACUGGGGAGGAGGAGGCCACCCCACUGCCCCCACCCCGCGGGGAGGAGCCCUCCUGGCAGGGGUAGCUGCAGACAGUCCAGGACUCUGCCCGAUGCCCAAACUGCCUCUCACUUGUACGUACUCCUCUGCGAGCCCUGAUGUUCUGUCCAAGGACUACUGAGACCUAUUUAUUGAUGUCCUGACCUAUGACUGGUAAAUGUCUUUGCAGAAACAGUUGGCUCUGCUGUGCAUUUGUGCACACUGACCCCUAGGGGAGGUCUGCAUCUGUGGAGAGCGAGAGAGUUCUUGUGUUCCCAGGGCUGUCUGUGCGGGCUCUGUGUGCAUCCACGUGACCCACAGGCGUCCUCUCCGAAUGCUAACGGGACUGUG